GUCGUCUUCAUCGUCAACAUCAUCAUCGCCGUCGUCGUUUUCGCUGCGUGGCCGACGCUGUUCGAAAAAUCAAAAAUAGCCAACGUGUGGCAGUCAGUGCGGCGAUGUCGACGGCGAACGACAGUUCGGCGGUACAGUUCGGCCGAUGGUGGUGGUGCUGGCGAAGAAGAAGGCGGAGUACUACUACCCGCGGCCCUGCGAUGCCGACGACAACGGACCAUCCGAGGAUGUUCGUCCUUUUGGGCGUGCUAGCGUUGACAUCGGUCCUCUUAGGUCACGUUGACGCCGCUGCAAGGACGAAAGCCGAAGAGUCGUCCCGCGGCUCGGCCGGCAGGCACAAGGAGGCCGAGCCGGUGAUCGAGGAAGUCACUGCCAAGCAACUCGAACGUCUCCUCAACGAGAAGGACUUUGUUGCCGUGUACUGGUAUGCACGAAGUUGCGUCACAUGUGACAAGGUCCUGGCCGAACUGGAGAAAAUCGACGACGACACGGAUCACUUCGGAGUCGACUUUGUCAAAAUCAACGAUAAAAGAUUAGCGAAGCAAUAUGGCAUCAAGAACUUCCCGGCUCUUACGUAUUUUCGCGAGAAAGAGCCGAUCAUAUACGAAGGUGAUCUGAUGGACGAGGAAAAUGUAUUGGAUUUUCUUACGAGUUUAGAAGCGAUGGAUUUGCCAGAUCGGAUCGAAGAAGUUAAUGCGAAGAUUUUGACAAAGAUUGUUGAGGAAACGGACUUUGUAGCUGUUCUUUUCUGUCCGGAUACGGAGCGGUGUGCGGGUGCCGGUUCCAACAAGCCGGACUGUAAAAAGUGUCUUAAGGCCCUACAAGAACUGGAGAACAUCGAUGACGAAGCCGAUCAAUUGGGCAUUGGCUUCGUAAAGAUCGCAGACGAGAAGCUCGCGGAUGAGUAUAAUCUCGGUCCUCUCCCAGCUCUUGUGUACUAUAGGCAUCAAAUUCCAAUUAUUUACGAACAUGAAUUAAGCAAAGAAGAAGACGUACUGGAAUGGUUGGUGGCGAACAAGAGCACGGGAGACGAAGAAGACGUUAUUGAGGACGUUACCUCUAAGACUUUGAACACGCUGAUUGGAAAUAUUGACAAUCUCGUUGUUCUAUUCUACGAUCAUGGAGACGAGGAGUCCAUGCAAGUUUUAAAUGAGCUGGAGAAGAUCGACGAUGAUUGCGACAAGCACGGGAUUCAGUUCGUGAAAAUUGAUGAUGAAAAGGCGGCAGAAGAGUUCGGGAUCGACGAUUUACCUGCGAUCGUCUAUUUCGAAAAGCAAAUUCCAAAUGUUUACGAUGGAGAUAUAGAAAAUGAGGACGAGAUCUUAGAGUGGUUGUUGUCGCAACUCGAGAAGGACGAAAUUGAAGACAUUACCGAUGAGAUGUUGGAUCGUCUCAUCAAAGAUGGGAAAACCUUGGCUGUGCUCUUCUAUGACAAUAACGAUCGAAAGUCCCAGAGAAUUCUUAACGAACUGGAGAAUAUCGACGAUGAGUGCGAUCAGCUCGGUGUGACCUUCGUGAAAAUCGACAAUGCGGAUGAAGCUAAGGAGUACGGCAUCGAAAAGAUACCUACGUUGCUUUACUUCGAGAAGGGCAUCCCGAUGGUGUAUGAAGGUAAUCUCGAAGAUGAAGACAAGGUACUCAAAUGGUUGGAGCAACAACUGAAGAGCGAUGAAAUCGAGGACGUCACCGACGAGAUGCUCGACAUUGUUAUCGAGAAGAUGCCGCAUGUAGCCGUCCUCUUUUAUGAUAAGGAUCAAAAGAAGAGUCAGAAAGUGCUGAGUGAACUUGAGAACAUCGACGACGAUUGUGAUCAACAUAACAUAGCUUUCGUGAAAAUCAGCGAUUUAGAAGAGGCGAAGGAAUAUGGUAUAGACACACUUCCCACUUUGGUGCUGUUCGAACGAAAAAUACCGCACAUUUACGAUGGCGAUCUCAUGAACGAGGAUCAGAUACUGGGUUGGCUGUUGCAUCAAAAAAAACACGCCGAGAUCCCGGAAGUAACGGACGAAAUGAUGGAAAAGCUCGUAGACACAUCGCCGUACAUAGCAGUCCUGUUUUACGAUAAGGACGACAAGCAGGACAUACGGAUUUUGAACGAGCUGGAAAAUAUCGAUGACGAGCUGGAAAAAGAGGGCAUCGUUAUCGUUCGCAUUGACAACGAUGCCGAAGCGAAAGAAUACGGCAUUGACCAUCUGCCGACCUUGGUGUACUUCGAGGACAAAAUCCCAGCGAUAUAUGAGGGCGAUUUGUUGAACGAGGAUGAAGUUCUCGAAUGGCUGAUAGAACAGAAGAACAGUGCUACCAUCGAAGAGGUCACGGAUGAGAUAUUAACGGAUCUCAUAGACGAUCACGAAUACGUUGUAGUAUAUUUCAGUGGGAGUUGCGACGAAGGAGAAGAAUGUGACAAUAUUCUCGAUGAACUCGAGAAUAUUGAUGACGAAUUGGAUGAAGCAGGCAUUAUCUUCGUCACUACUGAGGACAUGAGUAUGGCGAAAAAAUAUGGUAUCAAGCAUUUCCCAACCCUCGCAUUCUUCAGAAAUAAGGAACCACUGAUCUAUACCGGUGAUCUCGACGAUGAAGACGAAGUACUGUCUUGGCUCACAGACGAAGAUACUCUGGAGAUACCAGGGAAAAUUGAAGAAGUUAAUGCUAAAAUGCUGGAGAACAUUCUGGACGAAAAUGAUUAUGUCGUCGUCUUUUUCUAUAAAGAAGGCGACAAAAAGAGCCAGAAAAUUCUCCAAGAGCUAGAGAACAUUGACGACGAGUGUGAGGAGAAGGACAUCGACUUUGUAAAGAUUUCCGACGAGGGAAUCGAAAAAGAGUACGAUCUUCCGGGACUGCCGGCGUUGGCAUUCUAUAGACACAAGUUCCGACAGAUCUAUGCAGGUGACAUGAUGCACGAAGAACAAAUCUUAGAGUGGGUCCUCGACCUUCGCACCACAACGCCGGACGUCAUCGAGAGCGUCGACAGAAAAACGUUACAAGUGCUUAUCAACGAUAUCGAACACCUUGCCGUAUUCUUUUACGACGACAAAUGUGAAUCCUGCGCGGAAAUUCUCGAAGAAUUAGAAACGAUUGACGAUGAUACUGACAAGCAUGGUAUUCAAUUCGUCAAAUCAAAUGAUGCUAAAUUGGCAGCUGAAAUCGGUGUUUUUUCCUUCCCGGCUCUAGUUUAUUACGAGACCGGAGUUCCCAUCAUGUAUGACGGUAAUCUUCUCGAUGAGACUGAAGUACUAGAAUGGAUGGUGAAACAGAAGACCGACGAGAGCAUUGAAGAAAUAGAUCGUGAAACUCUUGUUAAAUACAUUGAAACAAAAGAAUUUCUCGCUGUCAUAUUCUAUAAAGAAGAAGAUCCAGAAAGUCCUAGAGUGCUUAGACACAUUGAGUUGAUUGAUGACGAGGCAGCGGAAUAUGGGAUAAAAAUUGUUCGAAUGAAGGACCGGUUAAUGGCGAAAAAGUAUGGUUUCCGAAAUCCACCUGGUAUUACCUAUUUCCGCAAGGGUAAGAACAUCAACUAUGACGGUGACAUCGACGAUGAGGAAGAGAUACUUGAUUGGUUGACCAAUCCAGAAAAUAUGGAACUCACUGAUCACAUAGAACGUAUCAACAAGAAAAUGUUUGGGAAAGUUCGACAGACGACUGAUUAUCUAGCCGUAUUCUUUUACAGCAACGACUGCAAACAGUGUGGCCGGGUAUUAACGGAAAUCGAACAUAUCGAUGACGAGGCCGACAGUGCUGGUAUUAAAUUCGUCAAAAUCGAUGAUAAACAACUAGCCAAACAGUAUGGAGUUUUCGCGUUACCAGCCAUAUUGUUCUUCAAGAUGGGAUCGAAGGAGCCAGUCAUAUAUGCAGGUGAUUUAUACGACGAGGAGCAGAUAUUGCAAUGGUUGAUGACGCAGAAGGAUCCAUCGGGUGAAGUGAUCGAGGCCCUGGAAGGCGAAGAACUUUUAAAUCUGAUACGCGAAUCGGAAUCUCUAGCCGUGUAUUUCUGGAACAGAACGCUUUGCGACAUGUGCCAAUCAAAAACGUACCGCAAGCAGAUGCGCCACAAGCAGGAGCACAGGACCGUGGAACACGCGGACGCAGCCAACGAUCUCGAUGAUCCGGAUGAGUGCGGGCAAUGCGUGGCAAUAUUGGAGGAAUUAGAGAACAUUGAUGAUGAUUGCGAUAGACACGGUAUUACGUUCGUGAAAACGCAAGAUUUCAAAGUAGCUGAGGAUUAUGGGGUGACCGAUUUACCAGUAUUAGUCUACUUCGAAAACCAACUACCAAAUGUAUUCGAAGGUGACCUUUCUGUGGAAGAAGAAGUAUUACAGUGGUUGAUUACUCAAAGAACGGAAGAUCGAAUCGAGUUGAUCACAAGAGUAAUGCUGGAAACGUCAGUUGAGGAAACGCAAUACUUAGCUGUCUAUUUCAAUAAGCAAAAUUGUCAUAUAUGCGACGAAAUUCUGGAGGGUCUGGAAAGAAUCGACGAUGAAUGCGACGUAUUUGGAAUUCAUAUGGUAAAGAUCCAAGAUCCGCAGCUGGCGAAACGAUAUUCGAUCAAGACAUUUCCAGCACUCGUUUAUUUUCGAAAUGGCAAUCCCCUUCUUUUCGAAGGAGAUCUCCAGAAUGAAGAAUCAGUUCUCGAGUGGUUGAUCGACGACGAUAAUCGAGAACUAGCUGACGAGAUUGAAUCCGUUAAUGACAGAAUGCUAGAGAGACUGCUCGAUGAAUCUCCCUUCCUAGCUGUCUUCUUUUACGAUGAAGAUUGUCCGGAAUGUGAUGAAAUCAUGGAAGCAUUGGAAAAGAUCGAUGGCGAAGCUGAUCUGUUUGGCAUCGAUUUCGUUAAAAUUUGUAGCUUAGAAGCUGAUGAAAAAUAUGGUGUUCUCAAUGUUCCAUCGCUUGUUUAUUUUCGAAAGAAAAUGCCGCUUGUAUACGACGGUGAUCUUACGCAAGAAGACAAAAUUUUGCAAUGGCUCACUUCUCAAGACGUGUUCGAAAUCAAAAAUGAGAUUGAGGAAGUCAACAAGAAGAUGCUGGAUAAGCUGUUGGACGAAAACGAGUUCCUCGCAGUUUUUUUUUAUGAACACGACAGUCAAGAAAGCGAGGAUGUUAACGAGAGAUUGGAGGAAAUUGAUGGCGAGACCGACAAUCUGGAUAUUACAUUUGUAAAAAUGGCGGAUCCCAGAUAUGCCAGGAAGUGGGGAGUCACCAAGCUUCCCGCUAUCGUACACUUCCGCAAACGAUUCCCAAGUAUCUACCGAGGCGAUUUGCACAAGGAACUGGACGUUCUCGAGUGGCUGCGCAAAAACAGAUAUCGCCAACCAGAACUGAACAUCUACAUGUACAUGUUGAUCGCCAUUGCUAUCCUCUUCCUCAUGUACACUGGUUUCCUUCUAUCAUGUUUCCGUUCCGAGUCAGCUGCACCCGUCGCGCACCCCAAGCAAGCGUAAAUGCGCGAAAUUACACAUUACAUGUGCGGAGAAGCGACAAAAAAAAAUAAAAGACAGGACUCGUAAGCAGUUUCGUGCCUGUGCGGUUAUUCGGUACUCGAUAUUCUGAUUCCCGAAUGAUGAUUCUGUAUUAUGAUAGAUUCGUCCGGAACGAAUGAUUUAAUGGCAUUCUACGAUGAAAAAAAAAACGACAUAACGAUAACCAUUAAAACGAAAACUACGAGCGACUUUGUUGCGCAUCUGAACCAUUGACAAAUACUAAAUAUAUUUUACAAAUGCGUGUGAAUGCGUGCGUAUGUGUAUGCGUGAGUGUACAUGCGAGAACGUGUCUAAUAAAUAUCGUUCUAAUAAUAAUACUGAGCCAAAAAGUCGAAAUUGACUCGUGCUUAUAACACGAGUUGCGAAAAUUUUGUCUAUCGAAUAUUACAGAAAAGCGAGACGAAAGAUAGGAUUUGAAAAUUAGUUUAUAUCGGUACUAUUACAUUCUUCAUAUAUUAAAGAUGCAUGUAAAAAUAUGUAAUGUAAUACUAAGAAAAUAAUAUAAUGAUGUUUGUUCAAAUA